AUGCAGGGAUGGAUGGAUGCAUGUACGGAUGAGGAAAACCGGUGUUUGGGGGCCGCGGGUGAGCGCUGUGGACGCGCCCCGGGUCGAGGGCUGCCCAACCGGCGGCGCUCAGAUCCCGCAGUGGAGGCCCGUGGCGGGGGACAAAGGCGGACAUCCCGAGCAAGCAAAGGGCAGGCGCGCACAGGCACCCACGUACCCACGCGCUCUCUCGCCCGGGCCCCUCCCGGCGAGCCCGGGCGACUGAGAGUCAGGGCUCUGCAUUUGGAAAGUUCCCUACUCUCUCCUCUCGCCAUUGCUUUUAGAAAGCGGCGAGUGAACGAAGCAGGACACCCUUUCGGAGUUUCACAGGCUCAGGUCUGCCCAGGAGGCACCUUCGGCCCUGGGCACCCCUCUGGAGUAUUUGCGGAACCCGUGGGUCCGACGGAGUCCCCAGCCCUGAGAGGUCUGGAACUCUGUUCCUCUGGGAACGUGGCCCCCACUUUCCCUUUCGAACGCUGCUGCAGCACGGGCAACUCCCGUGGGUGGGGGCGCACAGCCCCACCGAGUGGGAAGGCAGGCGCGGCCCACCGGCUGGGCAGGGGCCAGACGCCCCGACGCUGCGCCCGCAGCAGAUUCGCGGGCCCCCCCCAACCCCGCCGGGCUCUCCAUCCCAGGGCCCGCCAGGUCCGCGGGAGCCGUUUCCUAGGCAGCCUGGGGUUCCUUCGGCCAGGGGAAGGGUGUGCGUUUGGGGUGACUGCCGGGGAAGCCGAGGGCGCUGCUCGCCAGCGAGACCUCUGGUACUUUCGGGCCAUCCCAGCGGGAAGCACGGCUCUCGAUCCAUCCGCCUUCGUCCCUCCAGCGGUGGGAAACUUUCCGACGCCUCCCGCAGCUCUGCGAGGAGAGAAAAGACAGGCUCCCCCUCCCAAGCCCGUAGUAACCACUGAGUGUAGGGAGCCAGCCCGCAGGGAGGCAAACUCCCCCUGCCGCCCCGAGGCCUCCUCCAGCCGCGGAGACUGGAAAGCCGACUGCGACGCCGCGCGGCCCGUCAUUGGUGACAAGUGUGACAACCCCGUCCCGGUCCUACGGGAUGAUCUUCAGGAAGAUUCCUGCUAGUUUAUCUCAGAAGAACAGCAGCCUGUGCAUGAGCCUGUACCCCUUGAGAAUUUCCUCUUCCUUCGGCAGUAUCUUGAAAUGGCCACAUUUUCCAUAUCUAUGACUUCCUAUCAGCUUUUCAAAUGCUCCACUACAAACUAAAGUUAUUCUGGCAUUGACAAUGUGAUCUCAGGAUUUCCACAACUAGCUUUCCUCAAGAUGAAUAUUGGGAUGAGUUCGGCAGCAGACUGUGUGAUAAGGAGCGCCGGCAUGGGAGUCAGAAAGUGUUGUGAACCCUAUUGAAGUGACAUCACCUGUCUCAACCUCAUUGUCAUCAGCUGUAAGUGAGAGAGUGAAUGAAGAAUGCUUCCAGCUGUUAAAUACUGUAAGUCAAGAGAACCUGUGCUCCAGAGGAGAACGUGUAUAUUGACAAAAAGUUUCUGCUGCACUGUGAACCCAAGAACUGUGAACACAUCCCAGUGGGCAGACAGCUGGCUGCCUACCAAAUCUAUCUUCCCAUUCUUUCAACGGAAUGGUCUAGCCCAAUAUGUGACCUCUCAGUUGGAGACUAUGUUUCAAGAGUCCCUUGCUGGCGAGUGUCUGAGCCCCUUCCAGUGGAAUGUGAGCAGAAGGGAUGGGAGACGUUUCUAGGCCCAGCGUCUGACACAACCUUCCCUGUGGUUGCUGCUGAACUGCAGAGCAGCUGAGGACCGACUGGCUUUGAGCAUGCAGAUGCAGGACUACUGUAUGAGAGAUGAAAAAACUGCUUUGUCCUUGAAAUGAACUCUUCCUCUAAAAUCGUAUGUAAACCUUGGGGCUCAUGCAUAAGAAUUAAAGAGAAAGAAGAAAAGAAA